UGUUCGACGUCUUCAUUCGACGGGUUUUCCAGCUCGUCAAUGAAUGACCUUGAUCCAUUCUGGCUUCAGAAAAACAAACAGCCCCGCCAAGUAGAGUAGGUUUCUCACUCACCCUCACAAGCAGAACAGACAGGGUGGAGACUGGCAGGCUGUCGUAGCAGUGACAGCGGUGUGUGGUCGAUCGACCACAAACAUGCCUGAGUCAGACCCACCCCACCUCCUCCAGCAAACACACAAGGGACAGGGAAGGGUCAGCAAGGAAGAAUCAGCAGCAAAGGGUAGACAGACGGGAACAAGGGAUGAGAUCAGCCCGCCCGUAAGGACCACCUCAACCAAUCAAUCAAUCAGUCAGCGACAACACGGCGACGGCUUCCCACGCCCAGAGCAACACAACCAGCCCUGACAUGAACGACAUUAAUUCAAUAAAAUGGGACAAUAUAUGAUCCCCCCAUAAUGUUGCACGCCACGUACACAUUUGUUUCGGUCUUACCCCGGACGUUGGCGAGGGGGCGAGGUUCUCAGCCUGGAAGGAAGCCAGCAGAACGACGACAGGGGCAGUGAUGUGAUGGCAGCCCAACAGGUCUUUCUCUCUUCGUUGCUUGCUUACGAUGUCUCUGGUCGGCUCAAGAGUGCACUGAUGCAGUUUUUCAUAGGUGGCGCUGACCUCUUCCUGAAUCUGCACCCACAAACAAGCAUAGCAUGGCCACCCACGGCCCUCCCGGCCGUCCGACCGUCUGCCCACUUGUAGCAACUUGGUUCUGAGAACCAUGUUUUCAUCCACAAGGGCCUCUUUCUCGCCCACCAGGUCGUCGACCUGGUCCUCCGCUCUCUCCAGCCACCGCAACACGAUCUGCUGCUGCACCUGGUGCACCACGUGAGCGCCCUGCAAUGCACAGUCAGUCGGGUGUCGUCACCGCGUAUGUCAGUCGUCUUUUGCUCCUUGCUUACCAGUGUCUCGGCCUUGGCCGCUCGCUGCUGUUGUUGAACCUCACGGUGGAGAGCCUGCGUGGCGUAUAUGUGCACACAUCGUACGAACGGGGAAAUACAGAGAGGCGAACGUGCUCACCCGGGUCUCGUUCAGGAUGAUAACAAGGAGGUGCUGGAACUGCGACAUCAGCGACUGAUGGAUUUAGACGAGAAAGACCGUUGAGAGUUCAUGUCUCGGUCUUCGCCCUUAUCCCUCAUCCGUACCUGCAAAUCGUGGCCCCACGGUGCCGACACAGCGUCAUGGCCACGGGGGUUGGCUUGAGAGUGCGAGUGCUCGUCGGUCUCGAGCUCCAGUCCCUUCACCUCUUGAAACAACAUCUCCAGGAAAUGCUGCAGAGACACACACACACACACACACAGAGAGAGAGAGAGAGACAUCGGCAUCCGCAGGACACAAGAUUCGUAUCAGCUUGCUCGCCUUGAUAUUGUCCUCGAACUGCUUGGUCGCCGUCUCCAGUUCCGUCUUGACAACGCUCAAGUCACUCUCGAGGCCACUCUUGGCGCUUCGCACGUCAAAUAGCUCGCUCGUGAGCUCAUCAAUGCGCUGUUGAAGGCCCGUUUUUUCUUGCUCGGCCUUCCGUGCGUCCUCGACGCGGGCAGUGGCCGUCUGUUGCUCCCGAGUGGCCGCCUCCUCGCGCACGGACGCCAGCUGUUGCUUGGUCGUCGUCAGGUCCUGCUCAAGGUCCUUCUUGGCGUCUCGUUCGCCCUCGACCUUCUUCUCCAAAACGGCAGCUUUGUUGCGCCACUCCUGCAUAAGCGACCAACCAACAGGCAGAAGACAGAGGCAAACAUAAUGUGGAUCUUUCACAUCCGCCCACUCACAUUGAUAUUAUCCUCGAAUUGCUUGGCUGACUCCUUCAGUUCGGCCUUGGCGUCGCCAAGGUCCCUCUGCAGGCCAUCGUUGGCACUGCGUACGCUGACCAGCUCGCCCUUGAGCUCAUCGAUGUGUUUCUCCUUUUCGAGUACAGAGGCAUGAAGAGCGGCUUUCUCUUGCUCGGCCUUCUGGGCGUCUUCGACCCGGGCUGUGGCCAUCUGCUGCUCUCGGGUGGCAGCCUCCUCGCGCACGGAGGCCAGCUCUUGUGUGAUCUUCGCGUUGGCGGCUUCUCGUUCGUCUCUCUGCUCUGUCAAACCUUUGACUUCGUCAGCAUGGGUGCUGGCGCUGUCGUCCAGGGAGCGCUGAAGGUUGGACAGGCCUUCUCGGAGGUCAACGACGGUGGACUGUAGCGCGGUAGCUUUGCUGCGCCACUCCUGUAUGUGUGACACAGAGGCGGGAGGGAGUCUUGGAAUGAGUGUGGGGAAGCAUUGUGCAUGUGUGCGUGCCUCCACUUCGGAUUUGAGAUGUCUCUUCGCUUCUUGCUCGGCCUCAAGCUUCUCCGCAUGCUCAAUGCUUGAUCCGAGGCUCUCAACUGACAUGCGCACACACGAAAAUCACUCAUGGGUUGGUCUGGCGGGCGCCUCCGCCUUAACCUGCUGGCUCAUCAGUAGCCUCAGGCGUCUCCACUUUCUCCUGGUCGGCUGUGCGCGCCUCUAUCAAGGCCUUCAUCUCAUCAAGGGACGUCUCAAGCGUCUCGUUCUUGAGCCUCAAGGCAGAGAUCUCCUGAUCCUUCUGCUCCAAUUGACAAAGGUGCUCCGUCUCGCGCUCUCUCAUCACUUCCUGAUUGCACGGCGCGCGGGGUCAUACAAAGGAGAGACGUGAGCUGCCAGAGGGACCUUUAGUCGUUCCGUGUUGUCUCUCCUACCCUCAUUUGGUUCAGGUCGGAGCGUGGCGACAGCUGGAUACUGUGGUUCCGGGGGCUGCCGACUGUGGAUGAGGAGCCAGAGGGCGCGGGCUGUCUGUCGUCUUCCUUCUUGACCGCCGUCAGCCUCUCAUGCAAUCUCUGGAUCCUUGCCUCCUUCUGCUGAGAGACCUGCAGCUCUUUCUGUUGAUAGUGGUGUGCAUCGUCCUCCAGACCGCUGAUGUGGUCUUUGAGUCUUGAUAUCUCUUGCUGGGCGGCACUGAGCGCCGUGUUUGUCUCGCCGAGAUCUUGCCGAAGCCUCCGGCACUCGUCGACCAUCUUAUCGUACUCAUCACCUGCGCGUGGACAAUUAAGGAAACCAUACAUGUCUCCUCGAGCCAUGCAUCAAGGCAUGGAGGAGGCCGUCGUAUAUACCGAGGUUGACGUGUAUCUGCACUUGCGAGUUCCUCCGUUCCUGUUGGCGAAGGCUUAUUCGAAGCCGCUCCAUCCUGCAGUGAAGACAGUCAGGCGUCCAUGUCCGCAUGUGGUCCAUCCAUCAACGUCUCCCCAAGACUUACUCCUCUCUCAUGUGGCUUUUGCUCUCGUGCGACUUCUUGAGGGCUCCGUGGAGCUUCUCGUACUCCGCUUGAAACCGAGCCAAACGCUUGUCGCCGACCAGUUCCUGCAGCACCUCCUGGAAGUCCUUCUCGAGGGCCCUGCAGGGUGCAAACAGUCGACAGGCUUGUGCGUCACUUCAGUGCGUUCCCCCUCCCCCCCCCCUUUUACGCGGGCUCACUCAAGGAUGGACGACUCAUCAUCACCCUCCCCUCCAAUGACAAACUCUCCAGUUGGGGUGUCUGUUACGUCUGUCAUCUCGGACACACGAACUUGAAUC